AUGUGGCAGAGUGUGUUUUCGCUCUGCAUGUACUUCACGGUCACCCAGGCGCAGUUCCCACGCGAGUGUGUGACACCCCAGGUCCUGCGUAGUGCCACCUGCUGUCCAUCUCUCACUGGCCUGGCCAACGAUGAAUGUGGUGUGAGGACCGGGCGUGGCCGGUGUAUGCCAGUCGUCGUUGAUUGGCGGCCACACGGCCCUCAGUACCCUCACGACGGACGGGACGAUCGGGAACGAUGGCCGCUGCGCUUCUUUAACAGGACCUGCCAGUGUAACACAAAAUUUAGUGGGUACAACUGUGGACGGUGCAGAUAUGGGUUUACUGGAGUAAACUGUGAUCAGAGAAUCAGUGUGGUGCGUCGUAACAUCAUGCAGAUGUCCCCAGAAGAGAAACGGGCUUUCGUGAACGCUCUGGAUCGAGCCAAGAGAACAGUCCAUCCUGAUCUGGUUAUCUGCACGCGACGCUACCAGGAGCUCUUCGGCCUGGACGGAAACACGGUCCAGUGUGAAAACGUCACCGUCUACAACUUUUUCGUCUGGACUCAUUAUUAUUCUGUUGGGAAGACGUACAUGGGGCCGGGACAGCAGAGCUUCGGAGGCGUGGACUUCUCUCACGAAGGUCCGGGAUUCCUUACGUGGCACCGGUUCCACCUGCUGCAACUAGAGCGUGAUAUACAGGACAUGCUCGGGAACCCGACAUUCGCUCUGCCGUACUGGAACUUUGCGAUCGGAGGGAACGACUGCGAUAUCUGCACAGACGAGCUGCUUGGGGCCAGGAGCAGCUUCGACAUGGACAGCAUUAGCUCUAACUCCGUGUUCUCUCAGUGGAGAGUGAUAUGCGAGGACGUGGAGGAGUACGAGAUGCAAGGGACCAUCUGUAACAGUACAGAAGGAGGUCCAAUCAGACGGAAUCCUGGAGGGAACGUGGCUCGGCCGAUGGUACAGAAACUACCGGAAAAUCAAGAUGUCAUCGACUGCCUGGAGCUCAACAAUUUCGAUACUCCUCCGUACUACUCCACCUCGACCUGGAGCUUUAGGAAUACUAUUGAAGGUUACAGCACCCCCCAGGGGAAAUAUGACCCAGUGGUGCGCAGUCUACACAAUCUGGCUCAUCUAUUCCUGAAUGGUACAGGAGGUCAGACCCAUGUGUCCCCCAACGACCCCAUCUUUGUCCUGCUGCACUCCUUUACUGAUGCCAUCUUUGAUGAGUGGCUACGUAGACACCGCCCUGGCGCAGUGUUCUACCCUAAAGAAAACGCUCCCAUUGGUCACAACUGGCUUUACAACAUGGUUCCUUUCUGGCCACCGGUCACAAAUGCGGAAAUGUUUGUCUCGGCGCCGGACAGUCUUGGAUACACCUACGAGGUGCAAUGGCCAACUCGGCCAUAUACCGUCUCAGAGAUCAUUACCAUUGCUAUAGUGGUCGUAGUACUGGUGGUGAUGGUAGUAGGUGGAGUCAUUGCAUGUUUUGUCCGAGUGUACGGCUCGCGCGAAGGGCUGGAGCCGCUGCUUGGGGAACAUUACCGGCACUACUCAGAAGAGGAUCACAAGUUUCACUACGCAGCCUGAAGAUGAGUGUUUUUAUUUUGGACAUGUUACGUCAUUCAUCAGAGAAUUACAGAAACCGUGUCUCUGACACAGUACUAGCUAUUCAAAUGACAAUUUUAAUGCCGUUCUUAUAGCACACCUAUUAUGGUUUUGACACGUGCCUAAUUUUGUUUUAAAGGUCUCAUACAAUAGAUUUACACACAUCUAAGGUCUUAAAACACUUUAACGUGCUCAUAAUUUAAAUAACAGCAUUACCUUUUUUCCCCCAGUGUCACAAACGAGUUGUUAAAGGAUUCGUUCUAAACUCCUCCUUUCAGAGAGCAUACUCUGCUCUGGUUGGUCAGAUGUCCCAGUCUGUUGUGAUUGGUCUACCACUGUCAGCGUGUGUUGAAAAGGAAACGCCCACUACCGUAACGAGUUUCAUCUCCGUCUGUCAGCGAGCAGCCGAUGAAGACCAGAGGCGGGGCUUUUUGUUGCAAACCUACGUAGGUUAGUACAGGAAGUAAAGUCUGGAAUCACUGACGAGUCAUUUCAGCUGUUCAGAAUUGAUUCAGAUCAAAAGAGUUGUCGUGCGCUUUGAUUUUUGACACUUUGCAGACUUUUUACGUUCACAAACAGCUACAUAUAAAACACACUACAUGAAAGGUAAUAUUGGAAAAACCAUAAUAGGUGCGCUUUAACACUCCAUUCUCACAUGACACAUUGCAAACACUACUUAGAUUAAUUUACAGAAAUUUAAAAUAAUACUAGUGUUCGAAGAGAAGAAAACCGUAUGAAAAGCUCACGAUGUGUUUAUUAUACGGAGCGUGUGCUGACACCUAGUGUACAAUUUUGGGAUAGUAAAAUAACUGCGUAUUUUUGUGUAACAGCACGGUCUGUUGCGUUUUAACCCUUAUAUUACGCAGGCCAUCGAUUGUGUGGUUAUGUCAAGUUAUUAUUAU